UCCGCCUCUGCGCUCCAACCGAGAGGCACCGACUGACUGAGUGGCUGCGUGGGGAGCCGGUGUGGGCGCAGCGGAGGACUUUCCUAUAAAAGCAGGGAUCCCACGUUCAGACGAGCUCGUCUCUCUCAGUCACCGCAGACAGGAGCCGCGAUUCCCCGCGAACACCUGCGUUAUUUCUCCCGCCACCGGUCGGAAAAUCAUCUCAGCCUCACCUAAAGGAAAUCUUAGUCUAUGGUUCUGACUGACGCUCCUACAAGGAUGUCCCGGACCGACGAGGUGCACCGUAUAACGGAGAAUGUCUACAAGUCCAUCAUGGAGCAGUUCAACCCCUGCUUGCGGAACUUCAUAGCCAUGGGAAAGAGCUACGAGAAGGCGCUCACCAGUGUCACAUAUGCUGCAAAGGGCUACUUCGACGCUCUGGUGCGGAUGGGCGAGAUGGCCAGCGAAAGUCAAGGCUCUAAGGAUCUUGGGGAGGUGCUCUUUCAGAUGGCUGAAGUGCACAGACAGAUCCAGAUCCAGCUUGAAGAGAUGCUGAAGUCUUUCCACAACGAGCUGCUCACAGAACUGGAGAAGAAGGUCGAGUUGGAUGCACGCUACCUGAAUGCUGCGCUGAAGAAGUACCAGAUGGAGCACAAGAGCAAAGGGGAGAGUUUGGAGAAGUGCCAGGCAGAGCUGAAGAAACUGCGCAGGAAGAGCCAGGGCAGCAAGCACCCCUCCAAAUAUGGAGACAAGGAGAUGCAGUAUGUAGAGGCCAUCAGCAAUAAACAGGGCGAGCUGGACAACUACAUCGCCGAGGGCUACAAGAACGCUCUGUCCGAGGAGAGGAGGAGGUACUGCUUCCUGGUGGACCGUCAGUGUGCCGUAGCCAAGAACAGCAGUGUCUACCACAACAAGGGGAAGGAGCUUUUAUCCCAGAAGAUCCCAGUGUGGCAGCAGGCAUGUGCCGAGCCCAACAAACUGCCAGAUCGUGCCAUGUUCCUCGCCCAGCAGAUGAGCGGUGCGGCGGGCGUCAUGGCUCCUGGUGCUCAUCAUCCAGGCAUGCCCAUCUCUGAGCCCAUCCCUGGUGCUAAACCCCUGCCGGUGCCUCCAGAACUGGCAGCCCUGAGGGCCAGUGGGGUCAUGGGACAGCAGAGGCUGAUGGGAGGUGUGGAAGGAGGGAUGCCGGUGAUGAACGGCACAGCCGGUGCUCACGGAGGAGAGGACUACCAACAGUGGAUGGAGGGCAAGGUGGCCCAGGGCAAGGCCUCACCGCAGACCCAGCGUCACGGAGGGGAGGUCUACUCCAACACCCUGCCUGUGCGCAAGGUCGCCCCAGCCAAGAGCAAGACCACACUGACAGAGACCCGUACACUGCCCCGGUCCAGCUCUAUGGCAGCGGGGCUGGAGAAAAAUGGUAGAACUCGAGUCCAGGCCAUCUUUUCCCACGCAGCCGGCGACAACAGCACCCUGCUCAGCUUCUCUGAGAGCGAUGUGAUAACCCUGCUGGUCCCAGAGGCCCGUGAUGGUUGGCACUAUGGAGAGAACGAGAAGACAAGGAUGCGUGGCUGGUUUCCCUUCUCCUACACCCGGGUGAUCUCUGACGGUGAUGGCAACUCCAUGAGGCAACUUCGAGUACACAACCUCCAUGGGAAGAGCAGCAGCACAGGCAACCUUCUAGAGAGAGAAGACAUGGCUCUCUCUGUCCCUGAUUACGGCAUGCAGUCCCGUAUGGCGGCACAGAGCGCUGCUGUGCUGCAUGGCAGACAACAACGCCCCUACAGCGUAGCAGUGCCAGGCUUCUCACAGCAAGGAGUUGAAGAAUACGAGCCCCGCUUCCCCACAAGCUCCUCCUCAUGCCCCCCAUGCACCAUGCAGCUCCAGUAGCGCUUCCACCUGCUAACUGCACCCACCCAAUCCCUAAUGAGCUCACCCUGCUUCAAACCCUCUCACUCACAGUUCAUUUGAUUAAAACCAACCAUCAUAUUGUGGGAAGUUCAGGCUCAGAUCAGGACAAACUUUUAUACAGUUGGAUUUAUUUCUCAUGUUAGAGGGUAGACGUGUUCUGCCUCUUCAUGUGUCCUGGUUGUGUUUGCUGCUGUUUCUUUUGAGCCAGCCCACCUGGAAGCCUCUUCCUCUCUUUGUCCACAGUUCCACAGAGGGCAAAUUGAUUUCGACAGUGUGAGGACAGACAGACAAACAGGCACAGACUCAGCCAGACGAUGCGAUAUGACAGGCACCUUGCUGCCCCUCAACCAACCCCUUCCCCCCCUCUUCCCUGCCUCCUUACCUCCCGCUUACGGCAAUAAACUCUCCUUGAGUCCAUCAAUGCAAGGAAGAGGCUUGGGUCUGUAUCUUUUCCCCCUCUCUGAUCUCCCCCUUCCUCCCCACCAAUCCUAACCUGUGCUGUCUAGCUGGCCGGUAGCCACGCCGUCCCACUGGUGAAGCCUUGGUGCAGAGCCAUGCCAAGCCAAACCAGAACAAACCGGACUCUUGUGCCAUCCGAAUAUUCAAAAUCAAUGUGAUGGACAUUUUCUCUGAGGAAAAAGUAUCUUUUGCUUGUCUUUCAUGCAUGUACAUUUCUUUUAUAUAUCGCUGGGGAUAAUAUCUCCCCACCAAAGGAACCUGAUUUUCACAAAUGUCAGUCCUCUCCAUCACAGUGACAAUGUAAAGGAUAUAUAAAUCAGGGUGUGAGAUUAAUGAUGUUGAUCCCAAAGAGGAUUUUCAAAAUGUAAAAAGAAAAACUACAUUACAAUCAAUACUUUUACUGGGUAUUUCAGUAUUUACCAAUAAUUUUACCUUUUCAUGCUGUGAGGUUUUGUAUUCCUCUGAGAUAAGAGGCCAUGUAUCACGAGUAGUGAACAGAUAAUGUAAAUGUUUUAACUUAUGGAAUGGAGACAUUGUGACAGGAAUGUUUACUGUACAUAAAUGUGCCAUACAGAAGUGCUUGUCAUACAGUAUCUAUGAUCAGUUCAUUAAAAAAAACGCACCUUAUGAAAGUAUUAGUCUAUAUUUCUGUAAACCAACUUACUGUAAAAGUUUUCCGUAUCAGCCUUUGAACUUGUUCUCCAACAUCUUUAUGGAGGGACACUGUGCUCAGACACACAAACCCAGGUGCUCGGGGUCCUUUCUAUUGUGGUGUGUGAAUAUGCCAUGCCAAGGCUGAAUGGGGUCAACUGUCCCUCGUCCCUGAAUGACAUGCAAGGCUCUGAGUUGGGUUUAGUGCUGAAACUAUUAUUAUUAUUAGUCUAAUAACUGUAUUAGACACAUAAUUGUGAAGUUAUUUACCAAGAAAAAAUUACAAAGAUGUGAGAAUUCGCUGCUUUUUUUAUUUUAUCAUAUUAAAGACUGAAUAUCUUUGGGUUUUGGAGGGUGGACUUUUGGUUGGACAAAAGAAUCUGAUGGAAAUAGGGUUGGGUGAUAUUUAAUCGCAAAUACUUGCCACUAGUCAGUGACGUCAUAGGGAGUUUGGAAACACAUUUGUAUAAUUUGCCUGAAAAGUAGAUCAUGGACGCCUUAGAUCUCGAUCUAAAUUCAUGUGAUUGCCCACCCCUAAUUGGAAGACAUCACGUUUGCAUGUGGACUUUUUUUUUGCAUUUUACAGACUAAAUAAUCGAUUUUUGGAGAAAGAAUUAAUAGUUGCAACCAUAGAUAGGUUAACCAUCGUUCAUGCAUGAAAGAAAAGACAACUGGUACUGCUGUUUGGCUCAGUGCACAUCAACAUUGCUCCUCAUUUGCAACCAUUUCAAAUCUUUUUCUACGUUCAGACAUAUUAUAGUGCCUCUUUACUGUGAGUUAAGUGACUAACAUGAAUAAUAUAUUUUUAUGGCAAUUUAAGACUAUUGGCAAUAAUGGAUAUGCUGAUGAACUUCUGGAUCCAGAGAUUCAAAUGAGGCAUCAGCAGUACUGCGAUAACGAAACAGGGUCAUUGGCUCCAAAACGGUGUUUACACUGUGCCACAUUUAUCCAGCAUACAGAUUCAUGGCACAGCCUCUCUGUAGCCUCGAAGGGGAGAGGAGUUCAUUUGAUGUUGAAACCUCAUUCAGCCUUCUUGUACUGUUGUCUCUGCAAUUAAAGGCGUGAUUUUAAAAAAACUCAGUGAGUAAAAAGCAUCAUGUUUUGAAGAUAAAAGAACUGUUUGUCCUAUUCUCUCUGUGCUAAAUAAAGACGCUGGUCUGCUUGUCUGUAUGUCGGUCCAGUUAGUGCCUGUCUUUACUAACCACUGUCUGGAUGUCGACAUCUGAUGUCCACCAACUGGCCCACUCGGAAUUGGUCUUUCUCAUAUUGUUGGCUUCUAAAUCUUGUGAGGUCUUUUACAAAAAUCUCAUCCAAGUACUGUCUUUACCAAAGAGAGAAGGUGAAAAUGUAAACUGUGCACCUCUUCCAUGUCUCGCACUCUGCAGAAAAAUGUCUGUCUUAACAAAUAUUUAAUGUGGUCGAGUGUUUAAAGAUUCUUAAAAUAUUUUUUUUUCUCCAAAUUUAGUGAAAAAAGUGAGGCAGGUGCCACUUUUCUGCGUCGUGGUUUUCACUUCUCUAAAAAAUAUUUCAAGACUUAAUUGGACACUUGAGUCAAGAUGGACUUUUUUGCAUUGUAGAAAUGUUUCCCUUGCUGCACAUGUCUGCUGUCUCUUUGCUCUCUUCUCCAUCUGUCUGUAACCUAACACUCGUCUCCCCCCUCAGCUUUGCCAACCCCCCUUUUUUUUCCAUCUCUGUUUUGAUGAAUUUAGAGACAAAAGUCGAGUGCAAACGACUGGAAGCUGCCAGUGUUUCUUCUUUCUCCACUAAAAUAAGACCAAGGUAUGACUGCCAUUGCUGCAGAGAUAGCACACCAACCACCUGUGGCCGAACAACUCCUUCAUCAAGUGAUGCGCUUUUAUUUUAAAGGAGGUUUUGUUGUUUAAAAAACAAAAACAUCUCAAUAUUGUACAGAGAAUCUGUGGACAUGCAUGCUUUGGGGGCACCAAAAAGUGUAACAUUGAUGACCUCAAAUGUAUGGUGAAUUUCUACUCUAAAAAGUGUGAAAUAAAUUUAUUCAGCUGGA